CCCAGCCUGUGUGGUGGCCUCCUGCCUCAGCAUGGCUUCCUGGCUUGGGGACACCCUUGGCCCUGACCCACUCAUGGUGCUCCUGGUUGUCAUCCUCCUGGUGCGCUUCAUCCUGUGGUCCUGUCUGGGGACCUAUAUGGACUACAGGCUGGCCCGGCGUUAUCCUGGCAAACCCAAGGAAGAGUAAGCAUGAGGACCAGUGGAGACCAACCCAGGUUUUGUACUGUGACGGUAUCAUCCCUCUGUCCAUUGGGUACCACAGAUGCCUUCAUGCAGGACACCUUUGCUCCCCUGCCAUGCCUCUCCAGCCCUGCCCCCAUGAGUUCUUUAGCCUGGGUUAACCUCCCUAGGCCUUUACUAGUCAGGCAGGGAUACAAAACUUAGUCCUACCCACUGUGCAGAAACCAGAGCCCAGACGAAACAACAGGGUCAGAGAGGCCCCAGAAGCUGCUUAGAUUAGUGAGGAUUGUCCCACUUGGGCUGUCAAAGAAACCCUUAUUACCAGGUGCUCGCCCCCAUGGCAGUGUAUGCCCCAGGAAAUGCCUGGCCUUUCCCUAGUGCUGUUUUUUGUUAAUAAGAGCCAGGGUUGUAUGGGAGGCCAUGGGGACAACCAUGGCCAUUACUCCCAAGGCCAGUGCUGUCUGGAACCUCUGCUGCCCCAACCAGUCACUGGAUGCAGGCAGAGAGCUGCCUCAGUUUCCCAGAGCAGAUCUUAGUGACAUGUCUUGAGAUGGCCUCAUGACAUGGAAUUGAAGCCCCCU